AUGUUCCAAGCUGCAGCCCCUCCCAAAUCCCAUCUCGGCCGCUACCGUCUACUGGCGCCCACAGCCGGUGUCAAGCUCGGCGAGUGGAUGGAAGCCCGUGGCGUGCGUGACGAGAUCGUUCUCGCUACGAAGUAUACCUCGCCUUACCGCAUCUUCAACAAGUCUGAGAUCCAGGCAAACUAUGUGGGCAACAAUGCGAAAAGCCUCAAGGUCUCAUUGGAAGAGAGUUUGAAGAAGCUCAAGACAGAUUAUAUCGAUUUGCUAUAUGUCCACUGGUGGGACUUUGGUACCUCCAUCGAGGAGGUGAUGACCUCACUCAACCAGCUCGUUAUUGCAGGCAAGGUUCUGUACCUCGGAGUCAGCGAUACACCCGCCUGGGUAGUCAGCCGCGCCAAUCAAUAUGCCCGAGACCACGGCCUUCGCCCCUUCUCCGUGUAUCAGGGCCAAUGGAACGCCGCCAAGCGCGACUUCGAACGUGAGAUCAUUCCCAUGGCCGCUGCUGAAGGUAUGGGCCUGGUACCCCGGGGUGCUAUUGGCGGUGGCAGCUUCAAAACCGCUGCCCAGCGCGAAGAGAUCGCCAAAUCCGGGAAUCCUGGACGACAGGUCGAGCCCCGCGAUGUGGAUAUCACUGUCUCGAAAGUUUUGGAGAGCGCGCCGUAUGUGACGCCAAUUGUGGGUGGACGCAAGCCGGAGCAUUUGCUGGACAAUAUUGAGACAUUGGCAUUGAAGUUGUCGGAGGAUGACACUAAGGAGAUCGAGGGGGCUUAUGAGUUUGAUCUGGGUUUCCCUAUGACAUUCCUUCUCACGGGGGAGAAGCAAGAGGCGCAUCCUGGUAACUCGAGGUUUAUGAAUUCUGCUGCUAAGUUUGAUUAUCCUGAUUUGGUCAGACCUAUUGUGCCAACGAGGGUUGAUGAAUAG